AUGGGUUCCUCCGUUGCUUCUCCAAUCAAUUGGGUUCUUCCCUCUUCCAGCUCCGGUAGUUCCAUCAAGAAGCCGAUCAAGGCUGUGUCGAAGCCGUGUUUUGGGUACGAAGGAGCCCCCAAGCGCACGGCGCGCGCCUGCGAUUCUUGCUAUAAACGCAAGAUCAAAUGCGAUGCUGCCGUGCCAAAGUGCAACUGGUGUAGCCACCAUAACCUACCGUGUACUUUUGAUCGCGUCAUUCAACGGAAGAGGAAGACGGAAAAUGAUGGAAAUCGGCCUAAAGCCUCGCGCCUGUCAGAGCGUAUCAGCCGUAUUGAACAGCUUCUGGCAGAGAAUUUGAUACGAGAUUCAAGUCCUGCCCCACCAGAUCUAUCAGAAACCACCAAUGACUACUCAACGCCCAGUAGCUCCCCGAGCACUGUCAGCAGCAACCCACCCCAACUAUCGUUUUCCGUGGGAGUACAUUUUGCUGGCCGAGAAUUGGGUGUGAUUAGUCUUCUGACGGGCGUUCCAUUCCUCUUACCUGAAGGGCAAGCUUGGAUCCAGUCCCGCACUGGACAGACCAUUUCGCGCGACAAGCUCAGUCCCAUGCAUGCGCCAUGGGAGAAAGAGCGUGCCCAAGUUAACAAAAACCUAUUGAUGAGUCUGACGAACCAGAAUCUGUUCGACCCUCCCGACUGGCGUACGACACGCCUAUACUUUGAGGCCUACAAGAGCUCUGUUGUUUUUCGGCGGAUCUUUCCAGUCAUCGACUGCGAAUUAUUUGAAGAGACUAUACAAGCAGCUUAUCAGCCACAGAGCACAGGAUUCCGACAGACUAGUAGUCGAGCUUGCGUUACUGCUUUUCUCGCAUUUGUUUGCCGCCUGCCCUCAAUCAAGGUGCUUACCAAGGAGACUCCAGUUGAUCAUGAAGCAUUAGCUGGGAAGUGUCAAUUUUUGAUAGCCCAAGUUCUGCAAGAACCUGCAACUUUGGAUGCGUUACAGGCUGUCACUAUGCUGACACUAUAUGAGCUCGCAUCGGGAAAUAUGAGGGUAACAAAUUACUUGGGAGCAGUCGCCGCGCGACAGAUCUUCAUGUUAGGGGCAAACCUCACCCACCAUCGAACAUCCCCGAUCAGUGAGCGAAGCCAAAAACGCCAAAAACAACUUCGCAAUCUAUUCUGGCUUUGUUAUAGCUUAGACAAGGAUGUCGCCCUUCGCACAGGUCAACCACCUGUCAUCGUCGACGAGAAUUGUGACUUGACCCUGCCUGAAGGAUACACUGAUCAUGCCUACAUGGACCCGGAUAAGGAUGAAAAUCCGUUUUUGGAGCCAGUAUUUCCUUUUGAUUUGCGGUUGAGCAUGAUCAAGUCUCGGACCCAAAUCCACUUAUACUCGGUGAGCGCUAUGCAAAAGUCCGACGCAGAUCUAUUAAAGUCCAUACGAGAACUGGAUGACGAGCUGGAGGAGUGGCGAUUAUCAGUUCCCCCGCAAUGGCGUCCAACCAUGUCGUUCUCGCAAGAAACCUCCGAUCCGAAUAUGAGCAUGCAUUCAGUCAUGUUGCGGGUCAACUACUAUCUCUGCAUGAGCGUUAUCCAUCAGGCGAGCAGUCGGUGCAAGGCGUGGAUGCAGGGCAGCGGCAUGAUGGACGGGGUAAGCUCGAGUCUUGCGCUUUCCGUGGAAGCCAGUCGGUCAACCCUCUGCUACUUGGGAGCUGCAGAAGAUGUGCUAGUAGAGGGAGUUUUCUGGACAUUAAUAUUCUACCCCAUGUCCGCACUGCUCUCUAUAUUUUGCAGUAUUCUGCAGAACCCACUAGAUCCACGCUCUCGUGACGAUUUGGACCACUUGAAAAUGGCCACUGUCAUGAUGGCUCGCGUCUUUUCAAGAAAUCUGCCCGAGAAUGAGGUUGAGCAUUUGAAAAUGGUGGCUGACUUUGUCACCGAGCUAAAGCGACUGGCUGAGUGUGCCAUUGACAAGGCAUGGCGCGAGCAGAGCGGAAGCUCACAUAUGGCAUCGUAA